AUGCAGCCUUUCAGCAUCCCGGUGCAAAUCACACUGCAGGGCAGCCGCAGGCGCCAAGGGAGGACAGCACCUUUGACCUCUGCAAGAAGGGGAACUCUAGAGUCAAAUGGAGACCCACCAGAUACACACCCAAAGCUGCCGUCCAGUGCUGGAGAGGACCGUGCUAUGCUGCUAGGGUUUGCAAUGAUGGGUUCAUCCAUAAUCAUGUUCUUCUUGCUUGGAACUACAAUCCUAAAGCCUUUCAUGCUCAGAUCUAUUGAGGAUCGGUGUGAUGAGGAGAACCCGAAGAAUACAUGGGAAAAAAAACACUGCAAUUUGCUGCUGGCUCAGCCUGUCUUCCUCCAGGUCCUCACACUCCUGAAUGCACAGCAGUGGCCCUUAAGGUACUGGGUUUGUCUUGAAAUAGAUGCCUCAGAUCGCCACAAAAGACACCCAGAUGCAAAAUCUCAUUUAUUCCUUUUAAAAUUAAAGCACUCCGAGAGGAAGAAUCGAACUGCCACUCUCAUGGACACACACAUCACGGAAGACUGGAUGGAGUGUGCAUUCACAUGCGGGACGGACUGCCGAGGGCAGGGCAGAUACCCGUGCCUGCAGGUGUUUGUGACGCUCACCCAUUCGGGCCAGAAAGUGCUCCUGCAUUACAGUGAAGAGGCUGUGCAGACCAAUUCCAAGUGCUUUCACACUCCAAAGUGCCACCGAGAUAGGAAUGAUUUACUCAACAGUGCUCUGGAUAUAAAGGAUUUCUUCGAUCACAAGAAUGGGACCCCCUUUUCCUGCUUCUACAAUCCAGGUAGCCAAGCUGAAAACGCCAUUCUCAUGAACAAGUAUGACCACAUGGUUGUCUUCCACUGUGUGUUUUGGCCUUUACUGACUCUGCUAGGUGGUGCCUUGAUUGUUGGCAUGGUGAGAUUAACACAGCACUUGUCCCUGCUGUGUGAGAAAUACAGCUCUGCACACAAGAAUGAGGUGGGUGGCCAAGCAUCCUACAUGGAACAGCAUCAACUUAAGCUGUGCAAUGUAAGUGGGAGGAGAGGAAGGAGCAGAGAAAUGUCACAAUGGUGGCCAGAUUAA